AUGAAAAUUCAGAUUUUUAAAAUCAAAACUAUUUAUGCUGUGUUGAUACUUCUUUGGAUUGUACUUGGUAAUGUGGAAGGUAGACGUAAUGUGUUGAAAUAUAAGGAAUGUGAUUGCAACCCCGACGUGCACUUACUUCAGGAUUAUAUCAGUAUUAAUACCUCACCGGGGAGAGAUUUAAGACCGGCCGUUGACUUUUUAAAAAGAUUAGGAGAAACACAGAAUAUUGAAGUCACUGUAUACGAGGCUAAACCUAACUACCCUGUGGUCGUAUUCAAAUGGCCGGGACGGGACCCCAAUAGACGUAGCAUUCUACUUCUUUCACAUAUGGACGUGGUUCCUGCUUGUUAUGAGGAUGGUUGGACUUAUGAUCCGUUCUCAGGUGAAAUAAAUGACGAAUGUGAAAUUGUCGGGCGCGGUACACAAGAUAUGAAAUCUUUCACAAUUCAAUACUUCCUGGCUCUUAAAAACCUUAAAGAAAAUAACGUUACAUUGCUUAGAAAUGUCUAUAUGGUUGUCACACCAGACGGAGCAGCUGGAUCAGAGAAUGGUAUAGCACUAUUUGUAAAAUCUAAAGCAUAUAAAGACUUGAAUGUGGGAUUUGUUUUAGACAGAAGUAUUCCAAAUCCAAACAACCAAAUAUUUAUUUUAAAUAGCGACAAAACUACAAUCGUGUUCCGCAUUGAUUGCUACAACCCGUCAACAUCUAGUGCAUUUUUGGUUAAUAUUAAUGUAACCGCAUAUGGAACGUGUUCAAAAUUCUUUAAAUCUUAUGAAGAAUACAGAGAGGAGCAAUACAAGAUAUUACUAAAAACUGGAAAUCCUGGUGCUUUUACUGCGAUUAAUUUUGUAGGCGAUCGAACUCUUCUAACAUACAGCACGAUACCCGCGCAUGUGGCUGCAUUCUACACCGUCUAUUUGGCACAAAACACCUCAGUCGCUAAUUUUAACAAAAUUAUACGUAGCUGGGCUUAUGAAGCGGGAAGAAAUGUUACGGUUAGCGUCGUUUAUGAAAAAAAUAGAGUUUAUGCUACAAAAGCCGAUCGUAGUAAUCCUUAUUGGGUGGCUAUUAGUGAAACGUUUAAUGAUCUAAAUAUACCCAUAAAUCAAACGUCAGGCUACACUACAACUGACAUAACGUUCGUCAUAGAAACUGGUGUGCCCGGAUUUGGUAUAACACCUCAACGGAAUACACCAAUUCUAGUGAACGGAAUUAACGAAAGGUUAUCGAUACCUAUCUUCUUCGAAGGAAUCAAGAUUUACGAAAGAAUUUUACGUCGUAUUGCGAAUUUACGUGAUGACCAGGUCAAUGAUGAUCCCACAGUGUAUUUGAUAAAACCUCGUCCAGCUGUUGAUUUUUGGAGGCGAUUAGCAGAAGAACAAGGCAUUGAAAUAAAAGUAUACGAAUGUGUACCUGGUUAUCCUUUGAUUGUACUGAAAUGGCCUGGCAGCGACCCUUCUCUAUCCAGCAUCCUUCUUCUUUCUCAUAUGGACGUAGAACCGGCUAAUUAUAAGGUAUAUGGAUUUUAA